GUUGAUACCGUCAUGUGUGCAUGGGAUGGCCAUCGGGUACAUCGAACCUUUCGAGGCAGACGAUUCCCUCCAAGAUGACGCAGAGACAAAAGGGAGAAAGGACAGGGCUGACCCCCCCUCCCCCGCUUGCUUGAGGGAAAGAGGCAGGGGAGGAUAUGAAACGCACGCGGAGAACAAUAGCGAACCUGCGCGACCACCACCACCACACCCAAGAACUCUUAUUGUUCUCAACAUCUUUCAAACUCGCGAGCAGCAGCAGCGACAACGAGUCUUCGAAAAAGGAUGACCCAAACGGAUGGAACAAAGCAGAUUGGAGCGGGGAGACGGGCGAACAGGGUGGAGGAUAGAGAGGGAGGGGCGAGCGAGGCGUCGCUCGCCUUUCUCAACCUAUAAACCUUGCUCACAUUUAGAAUGAGCACACGCAUCCCCACUCAGUCGAGUAACGGUCCCGAUACCCAUAUCCGCUCCCUCUUCAACGCUCAGGACCAAUCCGCUCAGGCUCUCAACCUCGCCGGUCUGUUAGGUCGCGUCAAGAUGUCCCGAGAAGACGAAGGGGAGGAGGUUCUGCUUCAGCCUCACCCAAGUCGUACGGUCGGUCGUCACACCAAGGCCUACGUCCCUUCACCGACCCUAUCGUAUUAUGCCAAUUUUGUCCCGGCCACGCCGGCUCCACCGCCCUUGCCAGUGCCGGCCAGCCAGACGGCGACAACCUCUUUUGCGAUGCAUCGGAGCGUCACACCUCCAACUCGAACCGAAGAUCGCAGGAUCCAGCGCAAACAACCUCCUGCUCCUAUCGACGUCGAGCGGGCCUGUGGAUCCGGAAGAAAGGCACAAGCAAUGAAUCGACAUCUGCCUGUAGUCAUCACGCUCGAUAGCCCGGUCCUAGAGGACAAGCUUGCAGGAGAGCUCGGAUCUACAAGCCAAGAGCUCGCCUUUGGUCGGGAAGACGACACUGCUCCGUCGCAAGAUCGUCGUGGCGUCAAGAGUCUUUGGAGAUCCAAGUCGAGAGGCAAAAAGAUCGUCCCUGCCGUCGCUGAACCUAGCCCGGAAUGGGUCGAGGUCGAGCAAGGUUACCGACAUCCCUCCUGGAUGGGAGGUCUCGACGUCCACGGGAUUGACCUUCUCAAACCGGCCCGUAACGACCAUGUCGGAUCGACGAGUUCACCCACGACCCUGACACCUUCUCCCGGGACCGGAGGUGUCCUGCACAACGUCCUCUUGACACCGACCUAUGGAGGUUCUACCAGCAGACAUCGCAGUCCAAGCCCCAAUCACAGCUCGACCGAUCUCUUGCCGAUUAGACCAACCAACCAUCUUGAGGAUGACUGUGACAAGAAGAAGCAAAAACGCCGAACGCUCAUGGACCGGGCCGGCCGGUUAUUGAACGAGCAGAGGAUGCGACUCGUCUACGACAACCACAAGCGAGAGGCCCGUGGCCAAGUUCCCCCCGUCAAGGUUGGAGGGGUCGUUCCUUACUCGUUUUCCGGAUACAAGGGCCGUGACGACACCAACAUGGCAGAAUCGGGAACCGUACCGUUGCACCGCAUGCAUUCGUAUGCAACGACCGACUCUGCGCGCGGAAGCGGUUACGAAGCAAAGGGUCGGUACGCGAUGGAUUCGGGAAGAGACGGUUCGUUCAGGACCGAGAGAGGCCAAACCGGAUCCGGCUAUGAAAAGCCAUCGCGAGAAAUGCACAUGCGCUCGAUAGCCGACAGAGACGCUACCCUGCGAAAGAGGCGCAAGAAGAAGCUGGUCAUUCUCGGCGCGCUCAUCCUUCUAAUCAUCGCUAGCUCUGUGAUCGGGCUAUGCGUUGGCCUACUGACUCGGAAGAGCCACACGGAAGACGCGACGCAGCCUUCUACCACGCAGGAUAGUACUACCGCUGCGACACCAACUUCUGCUGCUCCGACCGCAACAUCAACUACCUAUACUCUCGCUGCGUGUCUCUCCCUCUUUGCACUCGCGGCCCCUUCGGCUCCUAGGACAUAUCCGUGCGAUCAGUGUCUUCCUAUACUCCAGACGGCAGACAACGACUUCGCCCCCAGUAAGAACGGAAAUGCUGGAAUCAGCGGCAACUCGACUGGAGUCGGAGCGGCUGUUCAGUUUUGCGGCUUGCAAUCGAUCUUCGCCAAUACCGAUGGCGUUGAACCGUCAAGGAAACGCGCCGGAGUGCUUGAAGGUUGGAUGCAGAACACUAACCCUUGCAGCGGGUGGAGUGGAAUCAUCUGCGAUGACAAGUCACGUGUCAAAUCUUUAUCUCUAGUAUUUCCUGGCGUACCUCGAUCCCUGGACCCCUCCAUCAGUGGUCUCGUCGGCCUUGAACGUAUCAAGAUUGUUGGCAACUCGCAAAUUCCCGAGGGACCGAUACCCGGAGCAUUCUUCGGCCCAUCUUUGACGGCUGUCGAGAUCCAGUCUACCGGAUUGACAUCACUAGGUACCAGCGCUUUCGCUAGCCUUUCCUCUUUGACCAAUUUGGUAUUGGUGUCCAAUACGAAACUCGGCUCUACCCUGCCUCCGUUACCGGAGACGCUCAAGUUGUCCACCUUGUCUGUCACUGGACAGUCUCUGUCGUCCGAUCCCUUUCCUGGACUCCCAGCAUCGUUGACUUAUAUCGAUCUUUCCUAUAACGCGUUGACCGGUCCCAUGCCCAACUUCGGUAAAUUCACUGUGCUCGAAUCUCUAUUCCUCGACUCAAACGACUUUGGCAAUGUCCCGUCCGCCUUUCCAUCCAGCCUUCGCGACUUGUCGUUGCAAAAUAACCCCUCUCUGACUGGUGUCUUGCCGCCACAACUCUGUUCGUCAUCGACAUUGAAGACCUGCGAGCUACAAAACACAUCUCUCGGCUCUGCCAACGCUAUGAAUACCACAACGACUCAGGUAGCCGCCAUCGCGACUCGCCUCUUGAACGCUACCGCCACGACCACUCUCUUCGCGACUGCGACUGCUAUCACCAAACAAACCGCACAAUGUGGAGCUUGCAGAUUUUAAGACACGACGCUCAUGCCUUGCCAAUAUACCCUUGUACCCGCUAUACUAUAGGUUAAGACGUAUUUUAACCUCAUCUUGAAUCGUGUCUAAUUUAUUAUCGUAAAAGA